AUGUGGUUAAAAUUUUAUGUUUCAGCAAGUUGUGAAGCUGAAUACAUUAACUGCCAGAUUAAACACCCAAACGUAUAUUCAAAUGCAAUCGCAGCAUGUUCAAAAGUUUAUAAAUCAUGUGUAACAAAAGAAUUAUCUGACAAAUGUGAAUCUGAAUGUAUUCAAGCGGAAGAAAGAUGCCUAGAAUUAGGCCGUGAAGAUUGCCAACAUGUGAAGCAAAAAUGUGAAGCUAAAUGUUAA